GUGAAUGGGGCAGAGAGAGAGAGUAGGUGUAAUAAACUGGAUUUUGAUAUAUGUGUUUUAACACUUAUACACAAGAGUGACCCACGCCUUUUUGAUUUACGCACCAUAUCUCGCGAAGCUGUGCGUAAACGCGUCGCCAAGUGCCACUUAUGCGCAAUUCCUUAACGCCAAAGGCAAGAAACCCGCGUGACUGCCACAGUCUCAGUUUUCCUUGUAUCUCACUUACCUCCAAGACCAAGAGGUGAAGCUUACAGCGAUCAGCGCAGCUAUAGGAGGGGGUUGCUGGCAAAGGAGGCGGACCCAACGCGACCCCCACAGUAGAGCUUCGGAUGGUUUUUACAAUGCCGACCAUUUCUUGAAGCGCGUUUUGUAGCUGCGGACAUAAAGAGCGACGGUCCUGCUGUGCGUAAAAGCCCCACGAAUAUAGACACUGCUACAUUCAGUGAGAUAAAGAUAAAGACAGAGUACACGUCAGGAUAAAGAGAUUGUAACCCAUCACAUUUUAUCCCCACUCAUCAGAGGAAUUAACUUGGAAGCUUCGUGACAAGAACCUUUGAUAUUCAAGAUACUGAGCGACUUUAAAGGAUCAACCUCAUCGAACACACUGAAACAAAAAUCUGCUACAACUUGAAUGAUGGAAACUUCUCAGUCAGAGAUGAACAUCUUAGCCAACGGGAAAAGUCACGACCACAGUGGUGACUUAGGUGUACCAAUGAAGACGAUGCCAGAGGAGGACCAAAAUGGCACUCAAACUGUCAGAUAUGAUGAUCCUGAAGGGGGACAGGAGAGUGAGGAAUUUCUGCCCAGUGCAGAUGGGAAGAAGCCUAUACGCUUCACAGAUUUUGAAGGAAAGACCUCUGUCGGCAUGUCUGUCUUCAACCUGGGUAAUGCUAUUAUGGGCAGUGGAAUCCUGGGAUUGGCGUAUGCCAUGGCCAACACUGGCAUACUUCUCUUCUUGUUUCUUCUUACUGCAGUAGCAGCCUUGUCUUCUUACUCCAUUCAUCUGCUGCUCAAAUCCUCUGGCAUUGUGGGAAUCCGAGCUUAUGAACAGCUGGGGUACAGAGCCUUUGGCACUCCUGGAAAAAUGGCUGCUGGUAUAGCAAUCACCCUGCAGAAUAUUGGAGCUAUGUCCAGCUACCUGUACAUUGUGAAAUCUGAGUUACCUCUGGUCAUCCAAGCUUUCCUGAAGGCAGAUCCAAACUCUGAUCUGUGGUACAUGAAUGGAAACUACCUGGUCAUCAUGGUGUCUGCCAGUAUCAUCCUGCCCUUGGCUUUAAUGAAACAGCUCGGUUACCUUGGCUAUACCAGCGGAUUCUCUCUCAGCUGUAUGGUGUUUUUUCUCUCUGCGGUUAUCUAUAAGAAGUUUCAGAUUCCCUGCCCGUUUGAAGAGUUCUCAGUCAACAGCACUGCUGCCCAUCACCCCCUGAAUGUCUCAAGCCACGGCCAUGAGUACAACAACGGUCUGGUUCAUGAGGACGACGACUCCCACUGCUCCCCGCGCAUGUUUACCAUCAACUCGCAGACAGCAUACACAAUUCCCAUCUUGGCAUUUGCCUUUGUUUGCCACCCAGAGGUCCUCCCCAUCUACACCGAGCUCCGCAAUCCAACAAAGAAGAAGAUGCAGAGGGUGUCCAAUAUCUCAAUCUUUGUCAUGUACAGCAUGUACUUUCUGGCAGCUCUCUUUGGCUAUCUGACCUUUUAUGACAAUGUGGAGCCCGAGCUGCUGCACACUUACAGCAGGAUCGAUCCCUACGACACUCUGAUCCUGUGCGUGCGAGUGGCUGUCCUCACUGCAGUGACGCUGACGGUCCCUAUUGUGCUGUUCCCUGUACGUAGAGCCAUCCAGCACAUGUUGUUCCCCACCAAGUCUUUCAACUGGUUGCGUCACAUUGCCAUUGCCCUCCUUCUGCUCACACUCAUCAACAUGCUGGUGAUCUUUGCUCCCAACAUUUUGGGCAUCUUCGGCAUCAUUGGCGCAACGUCGGCUCCCUGCCUCAUUUUCAUCUUCCCUGCCGUCUUCUACAUCCGCAUUGUUCCCAAAGAUGACGAACCCAUGACCUCUGUCCCUAAGAUAUUGGCCGCCUGUUUUGCUGCUUUGGGUGUCUCCUUCAUGGUAAUGAGCCUGAGCUUCAUCAUCAUCGACUGGUCAACAGGGGGCGGCCUUGCUGCAGGAGGCCACUAGAUGCUGCUUCGGUGUGUGAGCUCUAG